CUUGUCCCUCUCGCCUAAGCUCUCGGCCUUUAAGGAGACCCUCUGUGUGCCAGAGUUCCCCACGCACACACUCUCUGUGUGUGAAAUGGCAGUUUCUUCAACGCUUUCCCGCCUAAACCUCCUCCCCAGACCUUCGCUUCCCUACGCAGUAUCCACUCUCAGAGCUCUAAAAUUCCGACCCAUGUGUGCACCUCUCACUUCCUUCUCCAACUCCUUCUCUGCCCAUUUUUCCACUCCCAAAAGUUCCCCAGAACCCAACACCCAAAGUCCAGGAGCACCCGACUACGACUUCAUUGUUCUCGGCAUCGAAACCAGCUGCGACGACACCGCCGCCGCCGUUGUGAGGAGCAGUGGGGAGAUUCUCAGCCAAGUUGUGUCUUCUCAGGCAGAUCUUCUUGCUCGAUAUGGAGGUGUUGCCCCUAAAAUGGCUGAAGAAGCACACUCACAAGUGAUUGAUCAGGUAGUGCAAGAAGCACUUGAUAAAGCUAAUGUAAGAGAAACUGAUUUAUCAGCAGUUGCUGUUACAAUUGGUCCCGGUUUAAGCCUUUGUCUGCGUGUUGGUGUGCAGAAAGCUCGGAAAACUGCUGGAAGAUUUAAUCUGCCAAUAAUUGGCGUACAUCACAUGGAGGCUCAUGCUCUAGUGGCCAGGUUAAUGGAAAAAAAGCUCCAAUUUCCUUUCAUGGCCCUGCUUAUUUCAGGAGGACACAAUCUACUUAUUCUUGCUCAAGAUCUUGGCCAGUACAUACAACUUGGGACCACAAUAGAUGAUGCAAUUGGUGAGGCAUAUGACAAGACAGCGAAAUGGCUUGGUCUUGAUUUGAGAAGGAGUGGUGGACCAGCUAUAGAGGAGCUUGCUCGAGAGGGGGACGCAAAAUCAAUCAAAUUCUCUAUCCCAAUGAAACAACAUAAAGAUUGCAACUUCUCAUACGCUGGUCUGAAGACUCAAGUGAGGCUGGCAAUUAAAUCCAGAAAUAUUGAUGCUGAAAUUCCCAUUUCUUGUGCAAGUCACCAAGAUAGAAGUUCUCGAGCUGAUAUUGCUGCCUCUUUUCAGCGAGUUGCAGUAUUACACCUAGAGGAAAGGUGCGAGCGAGCAAUUGAAUGGGCACUGAAUAUUGAGCCUUCUAUAAAACAUUUGGUAGUCUCUGGAGGUGUUGCAUCAAAUCAGUAUGUUAGGGCUCAACUUGAUCAGGUUGUCAAGAAAAACAGCUUGCAACUUGUGUGCCCUCCUCCCAGCCUUUGCACUGACAAUGGUGUAAUGGUAGCUUGGACCGGCAUUGAGCACUUUCGCAUCGGUAGAUUUGAUCCUCCACCUCCUGCAGAUGAACCUGAAGAUUUUCUGUACGAUUUGCGACCAAGAUGGCCUUUGGGGGAGGAAUAUGCUGAAGGAAGAAGUGAAGCUCGCUCCUUAAGAAGGGCCAGGAUUCAUCCAUCUCUGACUUCUAUCAUUCAAGCAUCACUGCAACAGCAACGGUAGCCUGCAUCUCCUACUCUGUUCACCCCCUUUAUACAUGUUUUUGGAUUGAUGACUCAAUCUCCUACUGGCUGGCAUUGCUGAGUUUAUGUUGGUGUUAGAGAUAUGUGUUGCAAGUGGGGAUCAGCUUUGAAAUGAAAGCAAUGCAAUUGCAGCAUGAAUCCUUGGUCUCUCUUCAAAAAUACCACUUCUGUAUUGAAAUUAUGUAUCCAUUUGUAUGGAUGGUCCCUUCACCAUAUAUAAUUUGUAAAGCAUAUGAUUUAUUUUAAUUGAAAUCCAAAUUUUUUUUUUUA